UUUUGGGGUUUUGGUUGUUUUCCUUUCCCACAUGACCCCUCUUUACUGGUUUCACACGAAUGAUAAUGAAAUAAUAAAUAAAACAAAAUAAAAAUAAAAAAAAAUAACAGAGCGAAUUUCUGCUGAAUGUCCAAUAUUCAAAUAAAUUCACAUUGGUUAGUUACAUAUGAUUUCACCAACAGAGUUUUCACAAUUAGUAUAACAAACAAAGAUGACAAACGUGCUUUUAUUUUGAAGGUGAGGUGAACCUCACGCAGCGUCACGCGACGAUACUACAGAACUGACAGACGAAUGUUUUAAGUUCCCCAAUGCUCCUGUUUUGCUCCAGUCUUGCUCUUGUGGGUAUGUGAGGACGACCAGGUACCGGGAUAAACUAGUUUCCAUUUGAGUGGCUUCAUGUCUGCCAUCAGAGCGGCUGUUCUCCUCCUCGCUGCUCUGUGCGGCUGCGACGGGAGCCUGCGCUUUGCCUCCUACUAUGGAGACCACAUUGUGCUGCAGAAAGCGCCGCAGAGAGCCGUGCUGUGGGGAUACGCUCCUCCCGGGUCAAAGGUCACCGUCUCCCUGUGUGGUCCAGUCAAACAGAGACGCGCGUGCACCGCCGUGACUCAAGGUAUUUGGCAGGUUCUGUUGGAUCCCGUCGACGCUGGCGGGCCUUACAAUGUGACUGCAAGCACUCAGUUCAGCACAGCUGUUCUGACCGAUGUGCUUUUUGGAGACGUUUGGCUGUGUGGAGGCCAGAGCAACAUGUACUUCAAGACAUCUCAGAUUUUUAAUGCCUCGGAGGAGCUGGCCCUGUCUGCUAAAUAUCCUCACGUGAGGACUUUCAUGGCAGCGUUGAACUCCAGUGAAACCGAGCUGAUUGAUCUAAUCCAAGUGGAGCUGCCGUGGUCCGUGCCUUCUGCAAGGAUUUUGUCCGAGUUCUCUGCUUUGUGCUGGCUCUUCGGACGCUACAUGUACGACAAGUUGAAGUACCCCAUCGGGCUGGUGGAGUCCUGCUGGGGAGGCACCACCGUGGAAGCCUGGUCAUCGGCGAAAGCGUUGAAGCAGUGUGGACUACAGCGAACUCAGGACAACCCGAAGGAAAAUAGUUCUGUCCUGUGGAACGCCAUGAUCCACCCAUUUCGAACUAUGACCAUUUAUGGAGCCAUCUGGUAUCAAGGUGAAGCCAAUGCAGAGUACAAUAAGGACAAGUACAACUGCUCUUUCCCUGCUAUGAUCGAUGACUGGAGGAGGGCUUUUCACAGCGGCUCGGGGGGACAGACAGCCGGCGACUUCCCCUUUGGAUUUGUUCAACUGUGCACUUAUAACAAAAGCGCCGUGGACGACGGCUUUCCUGACAUCCGCUGGCACCAAACAGCAGACGUGGGAUUUGUUCCCAACUUCAGGAUGAAGAAAACCUUCAUGGCUGUGACUCUUGAUUUAGCGGAUGAGGCGUCGCCCUACGGAACGAUCCAUCCCAGGAACAAACAGGACGUGGCGUACAGGCUGACUCUGGGUGCCAGAGCGGUGGCUUAUGGAGAAGAAGAGCAGCUCUUUCAGGGACCGUUUCCCUUCCAGAUUUGGUCUUCUGACACAUUUGUUAGAAUAAACUACGACCAAGCAGUCUCUGUGAAACCUUCCAGAGAUAUCUUUGAGAUCUGCUGUUCUGUGACCACGGAUCUGUGCGGCUCCUCGUCCCGCUGGGUUCCGGCGGCGGUUGUUGCCUGGAGUCCGUCUGCCGUGCAGCUCAACACCUCUUUGUGUCCUCCGUCUGCAGUGGCCGCCCUUCGUUAUGCUUGGAGAGACUGGCCCUGUGACGUCAAAGCCUGUCCCGUCUACGGCGCCUCCAGCAUUUUACCCGCACCUCCUUUUAUUAUUCAGAAAUAUGAGGCGGGAAAGAGAAACUUUUGGAGAAACGGGUAAAAAAAUAUCUAGAAGUUUGAGGGUUUAGUGUGGAUUGCUGAUCCCGGUUUGGCUUUACAUCAGAUCAGAUUCAAAUUUAAAGUAGGACAAAUGUUUGGUUUGUAUUGUGUUUACAGUCUAUGGUGCUUUUGUAAAUAAACACUAUCAAAGUUA